GCAUGCAAGAUAUCCAUCUGACUGUUCUUAAAAGGGAUAGUUCAAAGCCACCAGUCCACCGCAACUCUUGCCAGUCUAUGCUGGACCCUGUGGUCAGUGAUGACUCUGAUUUGCCGACAAAUCCUAAAGAUGCGGAAGCGCUGAAAGAUAAAGACUUCAGAAGACUUACUGCAGCUCAUGAAAGUAAUGUCCUCUCACUUGAGCCAACUUACAGAGCUCGUUUAAUGUUAAAGAGGGAAGGAGAAGAUCUUAUCCAGAACAGUGCAGCACCCUUGAUGCUGUCUAAUUCGACAGUGUGUUUCCAUCAGACGGUUUCUCAAGCUGCAGAAUCCAACAGACAACCCAAAGGAGAGUAUGAUACCUUGAAAGAACAGCCAUCAUUCCUUUCCCCAUCUACAGUGCCAUGCCAAUCAACUAUUAAUGCUACAGGACAAUUAGAUGGUUCUGAAAGUACUAAGCAUUGUGUUUUAGGUCAGAUUUGUACUGUGGCAUCAUUUGCCAAAUCGGCCAAUUUCGAUGGGACCCCAAAUGAGAUGAUGGAUACACUCAAUUUGUCAGAGCAACUGGUGUCUACUGAACAAUUCAUAGAUAAAUUAAACCCAGACCAUCAGUGUACUGAUGUAUCAGAGAGUAAGUGUGAUGUGUUAGUGAUCAAAGCGGGUAAUGCUAAGCCGGGACCAAUGUGCAAUGGGAAUCUUGUUACCGAUGAAAAUAAAUCUUUCAAGAAAUGUUUCGUUCAAACAAAGGAAACCUGUGGGAAUAUUGCUGGUCAUGCUGAUUGUGGGGACCAGAAGCCACCAAGUGAACCAGGUACCAACCCUGCAGUGAUCAAAAUAACCGAUCUGAGAGCAAAAGAGGAUGAUUUGAAUGAUCCCGAUCAUGAAAGGGUUCCAGCUAACAACUUUUCUUUGGUGCAGCCUGCAGAAAGCAAAGAAGUAGAACUCUACCGUGAUAAGAAUUCCAGCAAGCACUUAAUUCACAGUUUGGAGCCUAGGACUAAUCAAAAUAAUUUAGUUCAGUGUCCUAAUCGAACACCAAGUUUGCCAAAUAUGCAAGAUUCAGACUUGACAGACAUUACAUUACUGGGGCUGCAAGAAAUUACGAGAAAGAGCACUGAUACUAUUAAUAAUGCUGAUUUAAUACCCUCACCAUUUUUGUAUGUUAAUGUGAAUAAAGGGACGCAGAUGACAGGGUCUGAUAAGUUCAUAUCAAAGGCAGAUCUUGCUGUCAGACCAAAGUCUUCCAGUUUUCUUAAAAGGGCUCUGUCCAGUCACCAGUGUGAUAAGCAGAAGCCAAGGAAACAAGUAAGUGUUGGUACUGACUCCACUGUUUGUGUUGGCAAUGAGUCUUGGUCCACUACAGUGGCCUCCAAGGACAAUAAAGAUGAAGAUGAGGACAUAAGUGAUCAUACUAGUUUCGGCAGCACCUCAAGUUUGCAAUCUCAUCAUAAUCUUUCAAUAGAAACCUCUUCCAGUACUAAUUCGCAGACCUAUUGUUCCCCAGAUCACACUCAUCACAACCACCAAAAUUCAUAUCGAUCAUCCAAUUCCAGAGCUGUAUCAGACUCCUUCUUGAAAGUUGUGCAUUGUCUAAUAGAAAACCAGAGGCAGCAUGAAGAGCAAGCUGUGACCGAUUGCUCCCUGCAAACGCAUAUCACGAUGCUUAGUGCAAAUGGAGGAGCAGAUGUGGUCUUGAGCAGAACAUCCAGAGGAAGUACUAGCAAUCAGGGAAGAACAUUAACCACUUCAAAGUCAGAUCUAGAGGCCAAAGAAGGGCAGAUCCCAAAUGAGUCAAACUUUAUAGAGUUCAUUUCCUUGCUGGAAUCAAUUAAUAGUUCAAGAAUUAAUGCAGCAAGCUGGACAGGUGAUUGUCGAGAGGAGGGUGCCAUGGGUGGAGCCCAUCAUGUCAAAGAAGACCAAGAGAACGCUGAAGGAAGAAAACAGAGCUUUUAAUGAGGAUUGGGGACUGCAAUAUUAUUUUGUGUCCGCUAAAGAUAGGAUGAUUUGCUUGCUUUGUGAUACUGCAAUAUCAACAUUGAAGAAAUAUAAUGCUUAUCAGCAUUAUGCCACUCAUAAGGACCACAAAUAUUUCAAAUUAGAGGGAGAGGUGCGGAAGGUUGCAUUGCAGAAAUUAAAAGAUGAAAAGCAAUAGCAAAGACAGUUAUUUCGAGCAGUAUUAAGACCUGGAAAAAUUGCCACUGAAGCAACAUAUAAAGUAGCUUAUAUACUCGGGAAAAGGGGGAUGCCUUUCAGCGAUGUGGAAAUAGUAGGGUGUUUCGACCCCGAUAAUGUUCCAAAGUAAGAACAACUGCCGUGAAUUUAAACUGAAUUUGGUUAAUUUAGUGAGUGUAUGUACAGACGGUGCACUUUCCAUGAC